AUGGGUCCUAUAAAAGUCAUUAAAAAUAAAACAAAUCUAGAGUAUGUGGAAGAACAGAACCCUGACGUGAAGCUUGGGGGCUACUAUGCGCCUACGUAUUGCCGCUCAGCAUAUCGCGUGGCCGUCAUAGUACCUUACCGGGAUCGUAAAGACAACUUGGCUAUUUGCCUCCGUCACUUGCAUCCAUUGCUAAAAAAACAGUUAUUGGAGUACAGAAUAUUCGUCAUUGAACAGCACGGUACAGAGAAGUUCAACAAAGGCAGCCUAUACAACAUCGCGUUCCUGGAGACGCAGCGGUUUGGCUCGUGGGACUGCCUGGUGUUCCACGACGUGGAUCUCAUCCCGGAGCACGAAGGCAUCCCCUACUCCUGUAACCAACACCCCACACAUAUGUCACCUGCAGUUGAAUCCUUCGGAUAUGUGUAA